AUGGCCGACGAUGGCCUGUUUACACUAAAGAGGAGCGUCGUUCCCCAUGGGACGACCAAGGUGGACGUGGUGUACAUGAAUGACCCUUCCGUUCUUGAGCGCACCCUCCAGAUGUACGAACACAAGCUGCUAGAGGACAGGCCUAGGUUUAUCGGCAUUGACCUAGAAUACACUUCGGACCAAUUAAAUACCGCUGUCGUUCAGUUGGCCAUGGACGAGCACGUCCUGGUGUACCAUUUCUGCAGGAGUCCUGACAAUCCGGCACUGCGAGAAUUCCUUCAACAUAAAGGAAUUUGUUUCACAACUGUUGACAUCAGGGGUGACUCUGACAGCUGUGCUAGAAAUUAA